AUGAUAGAAUGGUUAGGGGAAAAAAAUAUCGGCUAUCCAGAAAAGCCAAUGAAGGAUCAAAUAUGGAGCAUUGUCAGCGCAAACUGCCCCAAAGAGAAAAAGUACUACCUUGAUGAAUAUGUUAAGCCUUUAGGACAUAAAAUUUUACGGUUACCGCCAUACCACUGCCAAUUUAAUGCGAUUCAAAUGGUGUGGUCUCAGUGUAAACGAAAAUACGAUCAGUACAUUGCAAAUUUUAAGGGAUCACCACAAGAGGUUUUGGCAACAUGGGAAAGGGUUAUCGGGGAGAUUUCUAGGGAUAUCGGGGAGAUUUCUAGGGAUAAUUGGGAGAAAUACGUAAACCAUACGGACAAAGUAAUACAAGAGGCUUGGGGAGCAGUACAAGUUUGUGAUGCUUCUGACAUCCCACCUUUUGUUAUCACUACAGACGCAGAUGACGACCUUACUGACGACGAAUACUUUGAUUUUGACUCUGACGAUACGGACGAGGGCGACUAA